AGUCGUCGUAGAGGGGAAAACAUAAUUCACGAAGGAUAAAACCACCGCCCGUGUUGUGUUGAAUUAUUUUCUCUCCGUAACUGCAAACAUUCGUAAUAUUCACAAUGGAAAACGAAGAUUUGCAAUUAAAAGCUGAAAAAAGACGUGAACGUCAAUCAGGUCCAAGCAGCACUUUACACGAUGCAGAAGCCUUGGAGAAUGGAGACUCGAGCAUUGGCUUCUGUGGAUGGCUGCUGGUGGUGUUGUCUCUUCUACUCAUGGUGCUCACACUGCCCAUCUCCAUUUGGAUGUGCAUCAAGAUUGUGAAGGAGUAUGAAAGAGCCAUUAUCUUCCGACUGGGACGUCUUUUGCGAGGAGGAGCCAAAGGACCAGGUUUGUUCUUCAUCUUGCCGUGCACUGACAGCUUCAUCAACGUGGACAUGCGCACCAUCACCUUUGACAUCCCGCCGCAAGAGGUUUUGACCAAAGAUUCGGUGACGGUGAGCGUGGACGGCGUGGUGUACUACCGGGUUCAAAACGCGACUCUGGCCGUGGCCAACAUCACCAACGCCGACGCCGCCACACGCCUCUUGGCCCAGACCACACUCAGGAAUGUUCUGGGGACCAAGAACCUGGCUGAGAUCCUUUCGGACCGUGAAGAAAUCGCACACAGCAUGCAGUCCACCCUCGACGACGCUACUGACGAUUGGGGUAUCAAGGUGGAGCGAGUGGAGAUCAAAGACGUCAAGCUGCCACUGCAGCUCCAGAGAGCCAUGGCGGCCGAGGCCGAGGCUACCCGGGAGGCCCGAGCCAAGGUCAUCGCCGCAGAAGGCGAGAUGAACGCCUCCAGGGCGCUGAAGGAGGCGUCGCUGGUGAUCGCCGAGUCGCCGUCGGCCCUGCAGCUGCGCUACCUGCAGACCCUCAACACCAUCGCCGCCGAGAAGAACUCCACCAUCAUCUUCCCUCUGCCGCUGGAGAUGAUGCAGGGCUUCAUCAAGCACUAAGCCUCGUCCGUCCCGUCGACGGAACUUGAGCAAAGCAAGGGUCGGCAUCGAAAAACGUGGAAGUGACCUUACGCUCAUUCAUGUAUUUCCUACUGAACACUCAACGAUGCGGUUUUGCUACAUUACUGCCAGUGUGCUUUUUUUUUUUUCUUCUUAGUUUUAGCUCACACUGUUUUUACAUGCACUCUGCAUGUUGCGUGUUUCACUGUUGUUUUUUUUAGCCGCUUGGGCCAGCAGGUGCCACGCAAAGUGGAGAAAGAGCAGGGAGAGGUGGCAUGAAGACGCUUCACACCCCAAACUGAGGCAAGUUUAAUCUUAAAAGUCGUUUAUAAUGAAAAUGAACGUAAUGAGUUUUUGACACCACAGUGCCACCUGCUGGAGAGCUCAGCCUUAUAAAUACAGACAAUAUAUGUCCUUUUUUUUUAAUAUAGUUAAUAUAAGUAAUGCAAUUUUAUGUUGUUUUUUUUGGGGAGAAGUGGAUUACUUGCAAUUUAGUUAAGCCAAAUUUGCGUAAUUGGUAUGGGAGCUAACGUGUCCCCUGAAAAUGGUCCUUUCAAUGCAAAAAGCCUUAACUUACUGUUGUGGAUUUAUUUUGACACUUUUCUAUGCAGUUUCAAACGUCAUGUGAGGACGUUUUAAUUUACAAGAAGUAUAUAGUCUUUUGCGGUGGUCCGUCUCGAAAGUGGAUUUGUCGUGUUUUAAAUGUGACGCGAGUGCUAGUUGUUACCCAAUAUGGAGUGAACUUGUAACCCGAUAGCUUUACUAAACUGAUCAGGUGUGCGCGCAUGUGCUUUUUCACCCAAGUGUAUUCACGCUUACCUUUGGGAAAUUAUAUCAUGAUAAAGCAUAUUUAUACACAUAGCCAUUGUAUUUUUACAUAAAUGUCACAUUUUUUCUCGAGCAGGGAGUGAUGAGAUAUUAUUGAAUAUUUUUCCCACUCAAACGGCAUUUGUCUAUUUGUCGUAACCUAAUUAGCAAUUACAUCAUUAGCUAGAUGCUGUAAAAUGUUCAUUUACAUGAAUGUAAACAUACUGGGCAUGGAUUUAUUUUUUUCCCCACAGUAUUUUUUUUUACAGAUGUUUAUUUUGCUGUUUCACGAUUGACGACUGUUCUGAUCCCAAAGCUGGAAGUUGGAUGAAAGUCAACUUUGUUAUUGUUAGGUAUGCAUUAUAUUUAGAACAUUAAUAAAAAUACGAUGACAUCUUGUCAAUCAA